AUGGAGGUACUUUCUGAUGCAAAUGUAGAUGUGUUUUCAUCGGGGAGGAUUCAGGGAGGCCCCAAAAGCAUGGGCAACAUGUGUGACGCAGGCUCUGCUAGCGACUACGUGGAGUUCUCCAACUUCAUGGGCCUGGACCGGAAGUACACGAGGCAGUGCGGCCAACUGACGCCGUUCGAAGUGGAAUCGGAGCGGAAGUUCUUCAGGGUGACCUUCCGGUCGAACGACAGGCUGGACGGGACCGGGUUCAACGCCAGCUUCCUCUUCAUCGAGGACCCCACGCCCAGCCCCACGCCGCAGCCCACCUCCGCCGCGGUCGUCCACCUCUUAGGUCAGUAC